AUGUCCUUUUCGUCCGGCCACUCGCUGCCCCAGCAUUGCGAGCCGUCCUCGGAGUUCCUCGCGCUGCUUUCAUCUACCCUUCACAUCUGCAUACCCAGCACGCUUGGCUUGAUAUCGUCGAUCCUCGGCUGUCUGAGCAUUGUGUCCUGGCUGUUCGCCCAGUUGCCGCAGAUAUACAAGAACUACAAACUCCAAUCGACCGCGGGGCUCUCAGCAUUUUUCCUGGUAGAGUGGUGCUUGGGAGAUACGACGAAUCUAGUCGGGGCGCUUCUCACGCGGCAGGCGUCAUGGCAGGUGACCAUUGCGUCGUACUACGUCUUCGUUGACGUUGUUCUUGUGUUCCAACAUUACUGGUACACAUAUGUCAAGAAAUCGCACAAGGGCAAAGAUAGCGCCGGUAGUAGUUUCGACGACGACGACGACAACGCUUCCGUCUUCGAGGGUAUCCGGAUAGACCGCGACACGGCCUCCAAACACGCACAGCCGUCUCCCCUCUCACGUCCAUCGGAACCGAAAGACGUGGGAAUCCCCAAGAAGUAUGGCUCUGAAUCUCCCCAGUUCUAUUCGCCAUCGUACUCUGAAAAAUCCAACCACCGACGCGUACCCCGCGAGUCUGGAGCAAGCGGCAGUCUCCCUCUCGGCGUGUCGCCUAAGACGAUAAUGCUCACAUCCAUGCUCUGCGCUGUCCUAGCAAACGCAUCCCCAACACCAUCAACCAACCCAACCACUGACUCCUCGCACCAUCUCAACACCGAGACCAUAGGCCGCAUUCUCUCCUGGAUGUCGACAAUCCUCUACCUCGGCUCCCGUCUUCCACAGCUAUACAAGAACUACAUCCGCAAAAGCACCUCGGGCCUAUCGCCACUGCUCUUCAUGGCAGCCUUCAGCGGGAAUUUCUUUUACUCAGCCUCCCUCCUCACUAACCCGAACGCCUGGUUCGACUUUGCCCCAUACGGCGGUGGCGGGUGGGCUGACGCAGACGGCAACAAUCGCGAGGAAUGGGUUGCCCUCGCACUCCCAUUUUUCCUCGGCGCCGCAGGCGUCUUGAGUCUCGAUGCCUUUGUGGGCGUGCAAUUCCUGCUCUACGGCGAACGCGAUGCGCCGUUGUUGGUGAAGGUGGAUGAUCCGAACGACUCGCACCGCCAGCGAUGGAGACGGGUGAGCGGGUGGAUGAGAGGGUGGGUGCCAUCGGGCGAGUUUAAUCGGUUGAUACGAAGCAACUCGCGUUCAACGACGGCGUCGCAGGGAGAACAGCAAGCAUUGCUGGUUAAUGACACUGAUCGAGACGAGAGACAUGGCUAUGGCGCUGUUUGA